AAAUAAUGGAUCAUUUAAUUCAAGCAUACAAUAGUUCUACACAAGUAUUGAUUCCAGUUCUUCAAAAGAGAUCAAAGGCAUCUUACAUUACAGCCGCGAUUGCCUUAAUAAUCGCUCAACGACUGUACUCUUACUUUCGUGUACCGAAACAUCUACGUGGCUUCCCCAAGCUACCUUACUUUGGAAUAGCAAAGUCAUUGCUGACAAAAGAGUUACCAAGAGAAAGAGUGAAGAAAUACGUCUUACCCAUCAUUGAUGAACGCGAUGGGUUUUAUAUUAGUAAAAUUCCUUUUGGAUGGACGCUCUACGUCACUAAUCCUGUAGCAGCCAAACAACUUCUACUCAAAUCAAGCGGGUUUCCCAAGAAUCACGGACUGAUAGACAAUAUGGGAAAAAACCCACUUAUAGAAUUCAUUGGCAAAGAUAAUGUAGCUCUUUCUAAUGGAGAUACUUGGAAGAGACAAAGAAAGGUUAUGAACCCUGCUUUCCAUCACUCUUUGCCUAUCAAAACUAUGUCUAAAGUUGUGUUCUCAUUGAUAUCAGCCAUCGAGCAAGCAAACG